GGCAAGUUCUGUUUAUCUGUCAUCAUAUAAACUUAUUAUUCAUUAUACUUGAACUUCUGCUACCAGUUGCUACGGUUUUUGUGUCAGAAUAAUUUUUCUGUGGCACAAAGGUUAACAAAGCUAAUGCGUGGCUAUUAUAUCUAGUAUGGAUGUAACUAGUAUCGAAAACGACUCUAAAAUUGGUAUUAUUGCUAAAAGUCACAGUAACACUAACAGUGACACUAACAACACUGUUGACAGUGUUUGUGUCGGUGACACUGACAGUGAUAUUGGCAAUACCAGUAGCAGUGCUGUUGCCAACACUGCUGAAAAUGCCAAGCCGGAAGUGCAACCUGGACUCGACAAGAUGGAGCGAGUUACCAAGUUCCCGCUAACGCGGGUCAAGAUGCUAAUGAAGCAGGAUCCAGAUUUGACUCUCGCAAGCCGAGAGGCUGUCGUCGUUGUGUCAAAAGCCACAGAACUAUUUAUCGAGACGUUUGCUCGAGAGGCAUACACGCACCUAUCGAAGAGCAAGAGGAAAACACUGCAAAAGAAGGAUUUGGAAGCCACCGUUCGCGAAAUCGACGCACUGGCUUUCUUAGAAGGAACUGGAGAUUUCUGAAAAUGAAACGACUUGCAUCGAAAAUGCUUGCAGGGGUUGCGGUUUCCCUAGAGCAUUGUUGGGUUACAUUAUUAUAUCUUGGAUUAGAAAUGAUGCCAUCGUCGGUGGAUGUAUUACGAUUUUCCAUGGAAUAAUUAGCCGGGGCCCUUCCCGCUGACACGGUGGUUCGCAGAUGCUGAGCAGGAAUGCUACAUGCCUUUGUCGCCGCUACAUAAUACACGAGAACGUGUGAAAUGCAUCCUCAUGUCUGAGGGAGCCUUGGUCCACAGAUGUCUACACGUUGGUGAAGGUUCGUGCAUGUGUCGCCGUUGCACGAAGUGGCACGUAUGCAUGAUUGAAAAUGCUUCCCUGCUAUUUUACUACACCAGUUUUGCCAAGACAGGUUGUGUUUACCAACUUAUGAACCACAUCAUCAGAGUAAUGGAAGAGAAUGCCAAUGGCAGCAGAGAGGUUCCAUUAAGAAGCCAUGCAUGUCAUCAGUAGGACGAAGAAGGUGGAAUGCAUCGUUGAGAAAAACAAUUUACUUAUGUGCAAUGCCGAGACUUGGAUGACGGUGAAGAUGUGAUUAUGUCUGUAAAACACUAAACCUACUUGUGUCUGUCCGACUCUAAUUUUGAAGAACUUUUUUAGGUCUUUCACUAAACACUCAAUCUAUGAAUGUAUUCUAACUUUCAUUGCAAACAAUUCAAUCAACUCUGUAUCCACUUACCAUAUCAAUGGCUGUGGCAAGGUAGAGUGCUCAGUAUUCAGAGUAGAGUAGUCUACUUAUUGUUUCACAAGAAUGUGAAGAAUCGAUACAAAUUUGCCAUCGACUAUUGUACAGACAGAGACUAUAUGCACAUAUUUUAUUAAUGGUGUAUGCAAUUUUUAGGGGCUGACAAGGUAUUAUUGUGUGUGUCAUUGUCGGUGUUUGCAAAGUGAACAGAAAUGUCUACAGAUGUCCCUCACCAGGGAAUGAAUAAACCUAAAAAGAAGUGUCACUGCCAGGAA